AUGAUGACGAGACGUCAUCGCAACAUCUCUUCCUUAUUAGCGAUAAUAUUAUCGCUGCUGGCUGCCAGUGUAAAUAGUUUUGGCCCUAAAACCUUGCUUUUGACUACACACAAUAGAAUAUCUGCCCUGGAUGCUGAGGCAACAGCAUCCGAUACCGCGAAAGAAGCAUCCAUGCUCAUUGACAAACUACGACAAAUAGCAGGUCGGACCAAUCGUGGAUUUCAGGCGACCUCUAUGGAUAGAAGGCAAGCGAGAGAUCUUGCAUUUUCCCUAGAGAAGCUCAAUCCAACAGCUGCUCCAGCAGCAGCAUACUAUGAAAGUAGUAUCACCGAAUCUGCAGCAGAUGCAGCAGAAGGACCAACCGUUUCUGGAAAAUGGAACCUGAUCUUUACAGACGCACCCGAUAUCACGAGUCUCGAUACUAGUCGAAACCCCUUCAGCACGGCAACGCUUGGGAGAAUUGGACAGGAGUGCAAUCCACCAUAUGUAAAGAAUGUGAUUGAAUGGAAACGGCCAAGUUGGGCUGGCAACUUGCCUUUUUCGGGGUCCGAAGAUUCCAGAGUUUUGCAAAAGGUUGUCACACUAGCGUCUGCAUCACCUGAGAAACCAGAUGUUGUCGACCUGAAAAUUGCUGGUCUCGAAUUGGAAAAUCCGAAUCAGGAUGAUCAACUGUCCACCAAUGGUGGUGGCAUUGCAAGUCGCGUUGAACGAGAUGGGCUGGUCGCAGGACUAUUGUCUUCGAAUCCAAUCGACCUGAAGGGACCAUUGAACCCACCUUUUGGCCAAUUUCGAAUUCUUUAUUUGGAUGAAGAUUUGCGAAUCACUUUGACAAGCCAAAACUACAUUGCAGUCAACUCUAGGUGUAAAGAGGGUGGAGAAUGGUUCUAA